GCAUCCGUGUGUGGUGUAUCGCGCUAGUCCUGCGCCGGAAAGUCGAUCGAACCGGUCGACGAACCCUUCACACAAAUCAUCUCCCUGCGAAAUCCCGGCGUUCGUAUUCCGGGAAACAUUCGAGGCGAAAACGUUUCCUCGAGCGCACAACGAAAAAAAAAAUAUCGAUCGACAGUGCAAUUUGUCUCUCUCGGCUGAAGUACAUUUAAUUGAGCGCACCGCAAAUAUUUCCUCGAGCAACGCGACGAGUGAUUGAUUGCUUGCGUGGAUCAUCACGACUUUUGCGAAUCCUCUUAAAUUGUGCGGGAAGAGAAUCGAUUGUCGAAGAUUCCUGUAUAAAUACAGGAAUCAGUUCGGAAGCAACUGUCAAAGUUCUCGAUUAAUCGACGUCGGUUUUGACAGGCGACGAAUUCGAAGAGAGAGUGGAAAGAAGGAAAAAUAAAAAGACGGUCAAAGUAGAGGAAGAAGACAUUUUUUGAUCAAUCGUAAUCCUUUCAUCUUGCACUCGCUUAUACGAUAAUAGUAAUACGACGGCACGCACCUCCGUGAGGUGCACGCAUUAAGGGCAUUAAGGGAACGCGCGUUGCGAGUAUUACGAGCGAGAGCAUCGAGAACACUUGACGAGAAGAGGGGAAUCGAGCACGGAUAAUCGGGAUCGAUCACGCGCCGAUUAAAUUCAAAAUCGAGCCAAAGGGAACACGGUUGAAGCGAAAUCGAGUGGUCGUAUCGAAUCGCACAAGAUUUAAAUUGUCCAUGAUAUAAUUCUGAAAAAUACAAUGAGAAUAGAGGCGGAACAUAAAAAGAUAAUAGAAGACAAAUUGAAGAAAAAUGCAGAAUCCCGGUAAUAAGAAGCAACGCUAGGAGUUUCUCCGCGAGUUGGUACAAAUUGAAUUAAACACGCGCAGCGAGUUUUAAAAUACGAUUGCGGGAUAUCAAAUGUAGCAGAUAAUAAAUUUCGAACCACACGUACACAAACGAGAUUCGAGUGAGGUAAUAUAAGGCAUAAAAAAAAUCUUGCAAAAAUCAGACGAUCUUGAGCGGCCAGAAUUAAAAAUAAAUUAAAUUAUGUUGUAAUAUGAAUUAAAUAAUGCCGUAAAAAAAGAAAAAAUAAAACGUUAAAAGAUUAAGAGAAUAUUGCAAAUAAUCUCGAGCCUCUUAUCGAGAUAAUAUCAUCCGCGCAGAAAUUCGCAAACGCGAAAUCGUACUCCUACGUACGCAAUAUCACCGCGGAUAUCUCGUCUCAGAUAUAUAUCUUUUAUCACUUUUAAGAAACUUGUAAUAACAAUUCUCGCGGGAUGAGGGAGCGCAAGGAACUCGAGAAAAACAUCUCUUCUUUCCGGCUACACAUCUCCGCUCUCACGGGGCUCGCGGGAUAAUAAUAGAAAUAAUAAGAGUAGUAGAAUAAUAAAUGCGGAGAGGAUAAAAACGCUUGAUCCCAACGGGAUUGCCGGCGGAAGAAAACCACACUGGCGUGAGAGAUAUAAUCCCAUUUUCGAUAUUGGUAUUAAUGUCCCGAAUCUGCUGAUACCGGGGAUGAAACGGAUACAGGCUGUAUAGCGGAAGCGCGAUCUCGAUAAUCUCGAUCUGUUCGCGAUCUCUUUCCCCUUCAUUUCCGAUUACGGGGAUGAUCGACGAGCUCGUGCGUCGAAUUCGCGACUCGAUAAUUCGACUGGCAUUCGACCAACUUGGAUGCCAUUCCGUUACACUCGGGAUCUCUGUUUACAUCGAUACAUUUGUCGCUCGAACGGGAUAAUCAAAAGAUAAGGACAAUCUUUAUCGCCGUUUGAUAUUCGAGGGAAUCGAGUGCGCUAUGCAAUGCGUUACUGUGCUUGAAAAGGACCGAAGCAUCUCGUGAAUGCCGAUACAUCAUCGCGAUAAUCGUGGCAUGAGCAUUGCUGAGAAAAAUCUAAAGGAACAGGGAAAGAGAGGGACAAGAGAAGCCUAUAACGAGAUGGAAGACACGUCAAGAUACUGCGAAACGCGAAGAGAAACAUGAAGUAACACGGACACGGGUCCAUUAUUGCCCCGAAGGGCUUUGCAGCGUCUGGAGGCACAAGACCGGUGACACGGAGAAUAUACGGCAUGGAUUUCCCGAAACGAGAAUGGAGUCACAGGCUUAGUCUUCGCGGCAGCCGAAGAGCUCACCACGAGGGCGAGAUCGGCCCUCGAACGAUAUCCGGUGUCCCCAGGAGCACCAGGAGAUGGGCCAGCCUCCGGCAACACGUGAGCAGCGGCAAUGACGGCGGUAAACCCCGCGUCGAACUGCUGUUCAAUACGCCGGCUUCCAAACCCUCUACGCCAUGCUCGCAACCGAACACGCCUAAUACACCAAAAACACCGCACACCCCACCAAUUAAGAAAUCCAAUUGGGAGGUGAUCGAGCACUUCACCGGCGCGCCGCGACCCUCCAUCAUUACAGUGGCCAGAGGAUCGGAGGUGGGUUUGGGACCGACGACCGGAAGAGAGUCCAUGGCGGAAGCUGCGGCGAACGCGGGGAUCACGCAGCGAACGCCGAAAUGCGCCCUGAGCAGAUUCCUGAGCUCAUUAUGCGGCUCGAAUCGUUUCAAAAAUCUGCAGGUUGAAAUGCUGUACCAGCGCUACUUCCUACGUAUGAAUCAAAGUAAUAUGAUACACGUGCUCAUUCUACUAGUCGGUUUGGCGUUCGCAUUGGGCCUACUACUUAUCGCAAAAUUGAUGCUGAACGAUAAGCCGCUCUUCACGCUUUUACAGAGACCCGAAAAUUUGUCCCUUGCUAUCACUCUAGUGACUUGUAUCACUGUUUACGCCGUUUUAGUGGCAGCCAUCUCCAGACCGGGCAUGAACGAGAUAUGGCUUGCGGGUGUCAGCGGUGCAGUGCUAGUCACUCUGUUGGCCCUGCAAGUGACCCUGAGUAUUUAUCUAGCGCGCCUGCACGAGACAAGCCGCGACGAUUCGGCUUCCAGGCCGGAGGAUCUUCGAGCCGGUGGACCCCUCGCCGCCACUUUGGCGGCCUGCUUCUUCAUCUACAUGGCCUACGCUCUUCUGCCGAUCAGACUCAGGCACGCCUGCAUCGCCGGGAUUGUCUUCUCGGCCACUCAUCUCAUCGGAGCCUUCGUGCUUUACCCAGAUUAUCCAUCCAUAACAGCACACCUAUUAAGUUCAAUCGUGGUAGUUGGUGGAACAAAUGUAGCUGGCGCGCUAACACAUCACCCUCGGGAAUUGGCGCAAAGACAGGCAUUCCUUGAAACCCGACAAUGCGUUGAAGCACGUUUGACCACGCAGCGGGAAAAUCAGCAACAGGAAAGACUUCUACUCAGCGUAUUACCCAGACAUGUCGCCAUGGAAAUGAAAGCCGAUAUAGCCGGAAAGCCAAAGGAUACGAUGUUUCACAAAAUUUAUAUUCAAAGACACGAUAACGUCAGCAUUCUGUUCGCCGAUAUUUGUGGAUUUACUUCGCUCUCCGAUCAAUGCACUGCCGAAGAGCUCGUCAGAUUGCUCAACGAACUUUUUGCACGGUUUGACAGGCUAGCCGCUGAGCAUCACUGCCUCAGGAUAAAGCUUCUCGGAGACUGUUAUUAUUGCGUUUCCGGACUUCCGGAGCCACGACCCGAUCACGCUCAUUGUUGCGUAGAGAUGGGAUUGGAUAUGAUCGACGCAAUAACAUUGGUUCGCGAAGUAAUGGCCGUAAACGUGAAUAUGAGAGUCGGCAUCCACACGGGUCGGGUUCACUGCGGGGUCCUCGGACUGAGAAAAUGGCAGUUCGAUGUUUGGAGCAACGACGUGACCUUAGCCAAUUACAUGGAAAGCGGAGGGAUACCCGGACGCGUGCACAUCACGAAAGAGACCUUAGAUUGCUUGGGCGGAUAUUACGAAGUGGAGGAAGGCCGCGGGGGCGAGAGAAACGCGUAUUUGAAGGACCACAACAUCAGAACCUACUUAAUUGUCCCUGGAGACACCUUUAAGGACAAUAUAACUAGUUCGGGGAUGCGAAAAAAUUUUCCAGCGAAUGGUAAUGUGUCCAAAGAGAUGAGGGUUAUGGGUCACGGCUCGCAACACGGGAAACAAACUAAAUUAGGCUUUGGCGAAAUCAUCGAGGGCGAAAAGGAUCCCGAAGAUGAGGUGAAUGAAUAUCUGAUGCGAGCAAUCGAUGCUAGAAGCAUAGAUCGAUUAAGAUCUGAACACUGUACGCCUUUUAUAUUAAAGUUUCGAAGACCGGAUGUCGAGGAAAAGUACUCGCGCGAGAGAGACAGGAUGCUCUCCGCUUAUUUCGUGUGCUCCGGCUUCGUCUACAUGGUCGUUGUGGUCGCAAUAGCCAUCACCCUCGCCGGGAGCGUAUACUUUUACGUCUGCACCGCGCUUAGCAUACUGGUGAUAGCCUUGAUCAAUGCCGUCUUAUUAGCGGAAAAGAACGAGAGAGUACCACAAUGGGUGAGAAGCACGGCCUUACAGAUUUUCGAGAAUCGCAUUAUCGCGCAAAGUAUCGCGUCUAUCGUCGUCUUUCUGACUUUAAUCACGGUAUUGUCGCCGUUGAUCACGCUAAAAGGAAGUAAGGAUUGCGCCAGCAAUAACACUUCGCUCUUCGCUGCGGAAUGGCGGGAAAUUUCCACCGUACAGAGAAUACCGAAAAACAGCAGCGACAGCAUAUGUGACUAUAUCCUUUUUGGCGACCUGUUUCCGGUUCUGGUAAUGCUCGUGAUGGUAACAUGCGCGGUGUACCAGAUCCUAACGCUGGUCUUUAAAAUAACUGUAUUAAGCAUCGUUGUAACUUUUUAUCUCGGGGUCAGCAUUAACCAGCCACUAAACGAGGCCAACGUCGAACCCGCUGGAAGAUGGUUGGCGAGCGUUUUGGUGGUUUUCUUCAUGGCCUGCUUAGUGGCACACUCUCAACACACGGAAGCGACUUACAGAUUAGACUUCCUGUGGAAGCUGCAAGCGACCGAGGAGAAGGAAGAAAUGGAACACUUGAAAGCCUACAAUCAGAAACUACUCGCGAACAUACUUCCGGAACACGUGGCCGCCCACUUUCUGUCUACUGUCAAUUCAGACGAAUUGUACCACGAACAAUGCGACUUUGUAUGCAUUAUGUUCGCGUCGAUUCCAAACUUUUCGGAGUUCUACGUUGAGCUCGAAGCGAAUAAUGAGGGUGUAGAAUGCCUCAGGCUUCUCAACGAGAUCAUCGCUGACUUUGACGAGUUACUCGCCGAAGAACAGUUCAAGUACAUCGAGAAAAUCAAGAGCACGGGAUCCACGUACAUGGCUGCUUCGGGCUUAACGAAAAACACCUGCGACAUGCGGGAUUUUAAGCACGUAGUUGCUAUGGCGGAUUACGCUCUGAGGAUCCGCGAGCAGCUGGCCUAUGUCAAUGAACACAGCUUUAAUAACUUCCGCAUGCGUGUGGGCAUCAACAUCGGACCGGUGGUAGCCGGCGUGAUCGGUGCCAGAAAGCCGCAGUACGAUAUCUGGGGCAACGCCGUUAAUGUGGCCUCCAGAAUGGAUUCGACGGGCGUGUUGGACGGGAUUCAAGUCACCCAGGAGGUGCGCGAUAUUCUGAUCGCCAAAGGAUAUCCGCUCACUUGCCGCGGGACGAUCCAGGUCAAAGGGAAAGGUAGUAUGAUAACUUACUUCCUCGACGGACCGAAAGACAACACGAGGCCCGAUCAGGUGGAUGUCACCAAGACGAAUUCCAACAACAACGACGCGAUAAACAAAACAGCAGCCGACAAUAACAGCAACAACAACGGGGCCGUCUGAUUGGUGGGAAUGCUUGAGCAAGAAUUCGCGACGGACGACGCGUCACAUCGACGAUAGAGAAAGUACCAAUUAUUUGAUUCCUGUGUUAUUUAAGACUUCUUCCUUGAGCUGGAGCCCAAAAAACGACCGCGUAAUCUCUAAAGCGCGUGUGCACAAAUUGGAGUAAACGACGUCAAUCGACCUCUAACACACAUAAAUGGAAAAAUUGCGCCACUAGUUUUAAGUCUCAAGGUAAACAAAGCGCGAUAGACUCUCGCGAAAGUAAUUCCCGGUAUUUCGGUGCGAAUUUUAAAGCGAGUUAUGCUUAGUCAUUCCAAAAUUGAUUAUAUUAAAAGAAUUAUGUAAUCGUAAAGAUCAAAAUAUUUCAAGUAAUAAAUAAAAUCUCAAAAUUAAAAUACUUUUUGCAAAUACUCGAUAACAGAUAUCUGUCCAAAAAAUAUUGAAUGCAACACUUAUUUCUUUUUGUACAUUACAAAAAAAAAAAAAAAACUUUAAUUUUUGUACGCUUAAAAUACUUCGGGAAUAAAGAAUCAGAACAGAAAAAUAUAACGAUAUUUUAAUAACACACAACUAUUUUUUAUAAGCUAUAAAGAUAAUCAUCAUUUUUACUGGUGUGUUUGAUUCGUCUUGCGUAAUUUCACCGAAAAUCUGUAUCUGUUUUAAAUACAGCUAUUUAACAGCUGAUAAAUUGAAGUUAAAUGUGUACCGAAAUGUCAAACGUUAUCAAGAUAAGCUGGAAGUGACAAGUUGUUUUCCUCCCAGCUACAUCGUACUUAAACUUCAAUGAUGCCUACAAGGUAUAUGAUUGUGUAUUAGAAGUCUUCUGUUCUCUUCAAACGAUAAUCUAAAAUUAAUAAACGAGUGAUAUCGCAAGGAUUAUUUUUACGGUAAUCGGUGUUUGGGUAAAAGAUAAACAUUAUCAGAAACGUCUCUCGAGAAACGUCUCACUUCUCUAGAAAAUUUCUUUCGAGGAUGAACAUGUAUGAUGCUAAUUAAAUAAAGUAUUAUGUACAAAUAAUUUUUUCAAUUCAUGUAUAAAGUUAAAUAUACAAUAUAUAUAUACACAUAAAUUCAUAUCUGAUCAGAUUUUCAAACAUUCUCGCGUAUUAAUUUUAUUCCCUAUAAAACUAAAACAAACUAAGGUUUUUAAUUUUAUAAUACAUUAAAUUCUCAUAUAUUUUGAGAUCAAAUUAUGUUCUUUAUAUGUAUUUUAUAUUUGUAUUUCAAGCAGAUAAAUAUUUUUCAUAACUUGUUAAUAUACUUUUUGAGACGAGAAAUUUGUAAUAAUUAUAAUAAUAAUAAUUUUAAUGUGAAGAAAUUUAUUUUCUUACAACAAUAAGAACGCCAAUAUUAACAAUAAGAACGCCAACAUCCUCGAAGAAAUAAACACGCAUAAUAUAUACUUAUGGAUUUAGUAUAAUUGAAAACUUGGGGCAAUAAUAUGUUAAAUCUUACAUAGCAAUUAAAAAUUGCUACUAAUAAUUCUUAUGACAUCCAAUAUAUAGCUAAUUUUCUGAGAGGUAAUUCUAAUGAAUUAUAUUAUUCUAAGAGAGAAAACACACAUUUUUUCAUUGGAUUCAACAUGUUAUUGACCCAAAUACUUCAUUUAUGAAAUGUGAUUUGUAGAUAGUAAUUUGAUUAUUUUUAAUAAUUUCUGAAUUAAUUGCGAUAUAUAUAUAUAUAUAUAUAUAUAUAUAU